AUGAUUAAAGAGAAAGAGCCUGUUGACCUGAUUCAGAAACUGGAAUAUCAGGGACGUGUGAAAUAUGACAGUAAAAAGAAUCAUCACACACUGACAAUAACAAAUCUAAAGGAGAGUGACUCUGGAGAAUAUUAUUUCAGAUUUAUCACUGAUCAGAAGGGAGGGAAAUAUUCUGGCAAACCCCCAGUCACUCUCACUAUCACAGACCUGCAGGUGACAGUGAGUCCUGACACAGUGACAGAGGGACAGAGAGUAACACUGACCUGUUACACUACCUGUACUUUGAGUAACAACCCUACAUACAUCUGGUACAGAAACAAUCAGCCAGUAACUAAUAAACACAACAAAGUCCUGCAUCUGGACUCAGUCAGCAGUGAGGAUGCAGGCAGUUACUCCUGUGCCAUAAGAGACCAUGAGAAUCUACCUUCACCUGCAAAGACUCUUAGUGUCAGAUCUUUGUCCAUGACCUCUGACCCCACACAGAGAGUGAACACUAAUGAUCAAGAUGAUGUUCACUAUGCCAGUGUUCAGUUCAGUCGUUCUAAGAGAGAGGAAGUGUCUCUGUACUCCAAAACUCAACAUCAGCAGCCUGACCAACAGGAAGAGGAUGUACAGUAUGCUACUGUGAACUUCAGCAGAGCCAAUGCUGCCCCCCAAGGGAUGAGCUCUCUGUCAACUCAACAUCCAACCACUCGUUACUUCUACCUGCCACCUCAGUGCUCCAGGUCACUGCUCCCUCCAUCUCAGGAGAGUAUUGUGGGUCAGAGUGUGACUCUCCCUCAGAAAAACAUCUGUGCUCUUAAAGGGACAGACGUGUACAUUCCCUGCACUUACACAGUGAAUGGUGACACAGUUCAAAGUAAAGAGUGGUACAGGACUCAAACCUCUGGAGAGUGGGGUAGAGAUCUGAAAACAGACCCCGAGUACAAUACACGUGUGGAGUAUGAUGACUGGAGCUGUGGACUGAGAAUCAAACAGCUGAGACUGAGUGACUCUGGAGUGUAUAACUUUAGAUUUAAAACAUGGAAUAGUGACUGGAUAUCUGAUCCAUCUGGGGUUACGCUGUCUGUGACAGAUCUCCUAGUGAAGGUAACAACAACAGGACAAUGGUUGGUGAAACUGACCUGUAGCACCAGCUGUUCACCAUAUUACCCAAUAUUACAAUAUGACUGGUACAAGAAUGGACAUUUAGACAAGUCGUCCUCUGAUCCCAUCUCAUUAUACAAGGACGGUUGGUAUGAGAACAGUUACAGCUGUUCUAUGCAAAGCCAUAAGAACAUCCGAUCCCCUGAAGUGUGCAUUGGAAAGAGCUGCUGGAGUGUCACAUACAGACAGAAGAACAUUUGUGCCUUGAGAGGCUCAUCAGUGGACCUGUCCUGUUCUUACACAUACCCAGUCUGGCACACAGUGACUACAACUCUGUGGUUUAAUACUGAACAGUCUGGGGUAGAGCCCACAGACCUGAGUCUGGAUGAAGACUAUAAGGGUCAUGUGGAGUUCAGAGGAGACAACAAGAGCGACUGCACUCUGAGAAUAAGAGAUCUGAGACGGAGUGAUGCACGACAUUAUAAAUUCAGAUUUUUGACCAACCAGGAAGGAGGAAGAUAUUCAGGUACAAGUGGAGUCAGUCUGACCAUAACAGAUCUAAAGGUGGACAUCAAAUACAAUUGGGGACAGUCAGCAACACUGACCUGUAAAACAUCCUGCUCUCUGAGUAACAACCCCACAUUCAUCUGGUACAAGAACGGACAGCCUUUACCUGACAGAAACACCCAGAGAACAGACCUGUACUAUGAUUACACUGCGGAUGCUGGCAGCUACUCCUGUGCAGUUAAAGGAUUUGAGGGCUUACGUUCUCCUGCAGUUUGUUUUCUCCAACAGAAGUGCUGGAGUGUAGCGUAUACACAGUCAAAUAUUUGUGGAUUAAUAGGUUCAUCAGUUCAUAUCCAAAGCCACUUCUCAUACCCUGACUACUACAAAGUCACAAAAACUACAUGGUACAUCAGAAGAAACUUUAAUCCUAAAGAGCUGAGUCAAGAUGAGGAGAAGGACCACAUGAAGUUCAUUUGUACUGAUCAUUCAUGUUUACUAAGAGUUACACAGCUUAGAAUGACUGACUCAGCAGAAUAUUUCUUCAGAUUUGAAACAUCUCCAAGAUAUUAUAACAGCCCAUAUUACAACAGUGCAUCUGGAGUAAUUCUAACUGUUACAGACCUGCAGGUGACAGUGAGUCCUGACACAGUGAGAGAGGGACAGAGAGUAACACUGACCUGUUACACCACCUGCACUUUGAGUAACAACCCUACAUACAUCUGGUACAGAAACAAUCAGCCUGUAACUAAUAAACACACCAACAUCCUGUAUCUGGACUCAGUCAGCAGUGAGGACACAGACAACUACUCUUGUGCUGUACGAGGUCAGGAGAAUCUCCGCUCUCCAGCAGUGUAUUCCCCAAAAAACACGAGAGUGUCAGUCAGUCCCUCUGGUCAAGUAGUGGAGGGCAGUUCAGUGACUUUGACCUGCAGCAGUGAUGCCAACCCACCAGUUCACACAUACACCUGGUAUAAAAAGGAUAAUGGAGCUGAACCCUCACUGAAGAGAUCAGGACAGAAUUACAGCAUCACUGACAUCAGCUCUGAGGACAGUGGACAGUACUACUGUAGGGCUGAGAACAGGAUUGGAAACAGCUAG